AUGAAACGCCCACGGUCCCAACUGAAUGUACAUCUGGGAAGUAACUGUGGCAUGGAUAACAUCACAAGUAGUGGUACCGACUCAGAUGAACAGCGUGACACUACUUAUGAGACAGAUUUGACGGAGCCGGACGAUACCCUGAGCCCACGAAAAUGUUUUUGGGCGGAUGAAAGCCACCCCGCUUUGGAUUCAGGAGAACUUGAUGAUGUGGGAGAAUUCUAUGACAACCCGCUUGAUGAUACUGGGAUCGGCCUGUUCAAGAUUCCCGAAGAUUUUGAUAAGGCAGAAGGAACAUUCUUGCAGUACUGUGACAGCAGAACACGUUUGGAGCUUGAGAUUCCAAAAUGGCAGGAACCUGAGGAGGCACUGCGCCAGGCAUCAAACAAUGACAUGUACCAUUUCUUAGGCUGGUGUCUUAAACUCCAGCGAGGAAAAGAGGGCCGAUGA